GUUAACAACCUCUACCCUCCUUUUAAACCCCCCAAAAAAACCGAACCGAACCUAACCGAACCGAACCAACAAUGGCGGAAUCAUUCACAGGAAUCCAAACCCCUGAACAAAAACACUACAACAGCAACAAUUCAUUCCCUUUCCCUUUAAUUCUAACUCCAAAUUCCAGUCCCUUAUCCAAUUACAACUUUAUUGAAUCAAUUAAAACCCACAAAAAUUGGCUUAAUUCCCGCCUUCACUCCGCCGGCGCAAUCCUAUUCCGUGAGUUCCCGGUAUCAACCGCCGCCGAGUUCAACGAUGUUGUUGAGGCUUUUGGCUAUGAGGAAUUCCCUUAUAUCGGCGGCGCCGCACCCCGGAGUAACGUCGUUGGCCGUGUUUUUACCGCCAAUGAAUCUCCCCCUGAUCAGAAAAUCCCUUUUCAUCACGAAAUGGCUCAGGUUCCCGAGUUCCCUUCAAAAUUGUUUUUCUAUUGUGAAGUAGAGCCAAAGAAUGGAGGAGAAACUCCAAUUGUUCUUAGCCAUAUCAUUUAUGAGAGGAUGAAAGAAAAACACCCAGAAUUUGUUCGAGAACUCGAAAAGCAUGGAUUGAUGUAUACUCGGGUAUUGGGAGAAGGGGAUAAUCCCGAAUCCCCUAUUGGUCGUGGAUGGAAAUCAACUUUCUUGACAGAUGAUAAGAGCAUUGCUGAGCUAAGGGCCGCUAAGUUAGGUAUGAAGCUGGAAUGGUUAGAGGUGGGAGUAAAGACAGUAAUGGGUCCAAUCCCAGCUAUCAAAUUUGAUGAAAGUAGGCAACACAACGUCUGGUUCAACAGCAUGGUAGCUGCUUACACAGGUUGGGAAGAUGAUCUGAAUGAUCCCGUCAAGGCAGUUACCUUUGGUGAUGGAAAACCGUUGCCAGCAGAUAUUGUAUACGACUGCCUGAAAAUACUUGAAGAAGAAUGUGUUGCAAUUCCAUGGAAGAAGGGAGAUGUCCUUUUAAUUGAUAAUUGGGCUGUACUUCAUUCUCGUAGAUCUUUUGAUCCACCACGCCGUGUGUUAGCUUCACUUUGCAAGUAGCCAAUUUGUUCAUUAUUCCUGGGCUGUGCAUCUGAAGAACAUAGACUAGACUUGGAGGUACAAUAUUCUUUCUCCAAUUUCAGCUAUUAUGCUGUAUGCCAAAUAGUGUAUGUAUAAACUGCUUUUAGUUGGAUGGAAGAACAAAAACAAGAUAAUGUAUAUAUUUGACGAUAAUAAUACUGCAGAGUUUCAUUA